ACCUCAGAAAAUAAUAGACCUACGGAGAGAUCACACAGCAUUAGUGACAAACGUCCUAACUGCAGCUGAGGCCAAAGAGUCGAUGCGAAGAUCAAAGUUGGAAGAAGAUCGCAGAAAUAGACUGGAACGGCUAGAGAAUAAUGUGAAAUCCAGCAAGGAAAAAUUUGAGGAGAUCACUAAAGGGUGGGAGACAGCUAAUCUGAAGGUGGUUCCUCAGGAGCUGCAGAAAGCUGUGAACAGCCAGCAACAGUUAUGUGCUGUGGUCAUAGGAGAGAAGAAAAAACUCAUAAGUGACCUGAAACAGGAACUGAAGUUAAGUGAUGAAUACUAUGUUAAAGACUUGAGAAAACAAGCAGAAGAGAUCGACCUGAUGAUAGAAAGAAUGGAGGACCAGAUCCAAACACUGAUAAAAGCCUACAGAGAGGAGCUGGCUGAGAUUGAGAACGUUUAUCAGCAGGAACACGAAGCCCUACUUACAAGUGACAAGACUGUAUGGGAACGAUGUAUGAAGGAGCUUUUGGACAAAAACGUGGAGAGGCUGACAUACAGAAUGCAGAAAGUGGAGGAGUAUGAAGCCACAAUUCACAAUCUCAUGUUUGAAGUUAGUGACAUUCACUAUGCCAUCAAGAUGGAAGAGGAUGCAAAGUUUCAGGCUCUGGAGGUGGAAGCUCAACAAAUACAGGGUGAAAGCCUGUUUCUUAAAGAAAGAAUAAAAAAGGAGCAGAUAUACCAACAUGCACUUAAUAUUAAUUUUACCCAGACAAAGAACAGGCUGUCAAGUUUGCAGGAUGAGCUGAAAACCCUGAUCAGCAGAGGAAAGAUUCAACAACCACAGUUGGAUAAGAAGAGGGAGAAGUUGUAUCAGGACUACAAACGCAGCUUCCAACAAUAUAAACACAUGCAGAUGAAAAUUAAGAACUUUGCUGUUGCUGAUGCCCAGAAAUUUGAGAAAAUGUGGAUAACACUUGAAGAGGAGGUCAAGCAACUGCAAGAGAGGGCUUUGGUCAUCGACUCAAUGAUCCACAAGCAUAUUCUAGAUGUGCCCUGGGAGCAGCCUUCUCUGCCUUCCACUGAGCCUCAGAAACAGACCAAGAUGGAGGCCGUCUCUCAGGCUUCACCGUACACCGACGACCUCAACCACAGGCACGACACCUCAGCCGGGUCAAAGUCCGGGACGAGCACAGACAUGGAAAUGUACCGGGUAGGGACAACGGUGCAAAGCGAGAGUGGAGCAGAGGUGACGAGGGAGCAGAGUAGAGCAGAGGGGGACAGGAAGGUGUCGGCCAACACGAUGAAGAAACUGAUGGAGCUGAUGUAUGAUGAGAUGGGCUUCUUCAAGGAGGAUAACAUCGUAAAGUUGCUGGGUCCCCAGAGGAAGGAUGGACAGACGUUUGUGAAGAUAGAGUCUCUCCUCUUGGCUCUUGGCAUUGAUGAAGACGACAUGUACAAGUUGGUGGAUUUUGUACUGAAAUACAAACAGCAGGAGAAUGAGCAGAGUGAGUUUCAGAAGGAUGAGGCUGAUGAACUGGAGGCCAGCUCUACAACUAAACUGCCCCAUGACUUCAUUCAUCCCAAUGACGCUCUGCCUGCUCUCAAAUGCUUUGUUGAGAAACAAAUGCAGCACAGGGAGAGUUUAGCUGCUGAAAGCGCAAAAGUCCGUGAUGUAUCAAAGGACGCAGCCUACUGGGAGAGUAUGGGGAACAUCAUAUCUGCAGACAAACGCCAAAUCUGGGAAAUGGCAGAGAUCAUUUUGAGGCAGUACAUUCCGGUUCUUACAGACAUCUCAGAAAUCCUCCCUGAGGUACAGAGUCUGGAACAGCAGAACACAGAGCUGAGGAUGCUGCUGCAAAAAUCUCUUAACACAAGGGUCAGCACAGAGCUGGAAAUACCAUAAUCUACAACCAACAGACCUGGACCAGCCUGCAUCUGGAAUAAAUGU